GGUCCUCAGAGUCUUUUUGACUUCCUAUAUGUGACCACUAUCAAUAUAAAACAUGAACAGGAGUUCUGUUUUUGCUUUCCCUUCCCUUCCCUUUCCUCAUUGGCAGUGAGGCAGGAAAUCUGCCAGCUGAUCCAGCUGGAUGAAUCUGUGCUAGAGCAAGCCUUGUGCUUUCGCACGGUGGAGGCCCGUCAGGAGAAGGUGGUGACAUCCCUGAAUAUCUCACAAGGUUACUAUGCUCGAGAUGCCCUAGGAAAAAACAUUUAUAAUCGGCUAUUUAACUGGCUCGUUAACAGGAUCAAUGAGAGCAUCAAGGUGACAACCACUGAGCGUAAGAAAGUGAUGGGUGUUCUGGAUAUUUAUGGCUUUGAGAUUUUUCAGAACAACAGCUUUGAGCAGUUCAUUAUCAAUUACUGUAAUGAGAAACUCCAGCAGAUAUUCAUCCUGCUGACCCUCAAGGAGGAGCAAGAAGAAUACAUUCGGGAGGGCAUUACUUGGACUCCAGUGGAAUUUUUUGAUAACAGCAUCAUCUGUAACCUGAUAGAAGACAAUAAAGGUGGGAUCCUGGCCGUGUUGGAUGAGGAGUGCCUUCGCCCAGGAGAGGUGAACUCAGACACAUUCCUGAACAAACUCGACCAAACGUUUAAGGCUCACCAGUGCUACGAGAGCAGAUCUACCCAGAAUGCCAAGAUGAUCACAGAUAACAGCUUGUCUGGAAAAUGCUUUCGUAUUCACCAUUAUGCUGGCAAGGUGUCUUACAAUGUGGAGGGCUUCAUAGAGAAGAACAAUGAUCUGUUGUACCGAGACUUGUCGCAAGCCAUGUGGAAGGCCAAGCACUCCCUCCUACACAGCCUCUUCCCUGAAGGGGAUCCCAAGAAGGCCUCCCUGAAGCGCCCACCCACUGCGGGUUUCCAGUUCAAAGCCUCUGUGGUCACCCUCAUGAAAAACCUCUAUUCCAAGAACCCCAAUUAUAUCAGGUGCAUCAAGCCCAAUGACACCAAAGAGCCAGCUGUGUUCACAGAUGCAAUAGUUCGUGCACAGGUCCGCUACCUUGGCCUACUGGAGAAUGUGCGAGUACGUCGGGCUGGAUAUGCGUAUCGGCAACCGUAUGAACCAUACCUAAAGCGCUACAAGAUGCUCUGCAAGGAGACCUGGCCGCAGUGGAAAGGAAGUGCCAGAGAUGGGGUUCAAGUCCUCUUAAGCAGUCUGUCCAUUGACCCCAAAGAGGUGGCGUAUGGAAACACGAAGAUUUUCAUCCGAACACCACGCACGCUUUUUGAUCUGGAGAGCAGACGCCGACGGCGAAUAGAGGAGCUGGUUGCCCUGAUCCAAGCGACCUUCUUGGCAUGGAAAUAUCGCAAGUCAUUUCAAAAGAUGCGUAGCAGUCAGAUUCUUAUCUCUGCCUGGUUCCGGGGACAUAUGCAAAAGAAGAAAUACAGACAGAUGAAGGCGUCAGCUCUUCUUAUCCAGGCCUAUGUCCGAGGUUGGAAGUCUCGGAGGCUGCUACGGCAGUUGAAGGAACAGAAAUGCCGCAAUGAGGCUGCCACCAUAAUUACUGCUUACUGGAAAGGUUAUCAGUCUCGUAAGCUCCUACGGCAGUUGAAGGAACAGAAAUGCCGCAGUCAGGCUGCCACCAUAAUUACUGCUCACUGGAAAGGUUAUCAGACUCGAAAACAAUACAAGAAGUAUUUCCGCUCUGGAGCCUCUGAGCGUAUCACCAAGUUUAUCUAUGGGAGCCUGGUGCAAAAAUUUCUCUUGGGCCUGAAAAACAAUCUCCCUUCGAUGACGGUGACUGACCAUGCUUGGCCACCUGCCCCUUACAAAUUUUUCACAGACACCAACCAAGAACUGAAGAAGAUCUUCCACCAUUGGAGGUGUAAGAAAUAUCGGGAUCAGCUGUCACCACAAAAAAAAGAAGUCUUACAAGACAAGAUGUGUGCCAGUGAACUUUUCCGGGGCAAGAAAAGUUUGUACCUAAAGAGCCUCCCACAGCCUUUCAAAGAGGAAUACUUGGGUGUGGACCAGAAUCCCAAAUAUCGUAAGCUGCAAACCACAGCCAACGGCAAGCUGGUUAUGGCCGACAGAGUGAGGAAAGUCAACCGAGGCGAUGGAAAGGCUUCUCCUCGGAUCUUCCUUCUUACCAAGAGCCACAUCGUCUUGGCUGACCCCAAAGCUGCUCAGCCUAAGACGGUCAUCAACCUGAGUGACAUCACCAGCGUCUCUGUCAGCCGCUAUUCAGAUGGGUUUUUUGUUCUGCAUAUCAAAGAGGGCUCCACAGCAGGUACCAAAGGGGACUUCCUGCUUAUCAGCGACCAUUUGAUUGAACUGAUCACCCGGCUCCACCAGACGAUGCUGGAGACCACAAAGCAAAAACUGAAACUUGAAGUGAUGGAUGAAUGUGUGGUGAAGUUCAAGCAAGGCAGCAUUGCUGUCAAGAUGGUGGAGGCUGCUGAGAAUCAAGGUCCAGUGCCUGUCUGCAGGAAGAAGGGCAGCCACAGACUGGAGGUGUUGGUCCAGUGAAGCAAAAUUGGGCAGGAAGACCUUGCUCGGGGCAGCCCUGUUCCUUGUAGCAGAGAAACUAAAUCUGGCUCGGCAGCAGCAGCCUCAGUUUCCAUUCCCCCAGAAUCCUUGUCUCAAAGAUUCCCACCUGAAACACAUCAAGCGUGCUUAACGUCCUGGAACUGAUGCCAAAAUCACUCCGUCUGCCAGAAGCACAAAAGGGAGCUCAGGCUCAACAUGUUUAGAAAUGGCCUCUUUCCAGUAGAAGAAUUAGGUGCCUACCACCUUUAAAGCUUUGAAAGAUGAAAAGAUCUGUUUUAAUGCAAAACCAUCAAGGCUAUGAGUUGUUUGAAGGGCGCGGACUCAGUGGGUGCAAAGAGGCAAUUUCUUAAGCUUGCCCACAAGUGGCAUUCUCUCCCAUACGUUAUCUUUUAAUCACACGUGGUUACUAUAUGUGUGAUCACUUUGAGAUAUAAAAAGUAAUUGCAACAAGUCAUUAAAAAUCCUAUUUGAAGUCUUAAGUGCACAGAGUAGGUACUUUUUCUGAUCCUCCCAUUCCCCCAGCAUGUGUGUCAGUUUGGCUUUCCACAAGAUGUUUUGAGGGUUUUUUUAAAAAAUCUCUGCCUUCAUUGUAGAACUGGAUGAAUCAAGUUGCUGGAGGUGAAGCCAUCACCCGCACUCAGUGGAGAAAAGAAAAUCUAGUAGAAUAUCCAUAACUCAUCCAACAGUCAUUUUUAAAUGGGUUGACAGGUGAUUGGCCUGCAGCCUUUCCAAUUUUUUUUCCAUGAUGUGUGCAAUGCUCUAAAUACUGUGCUGUGUGUCAGUCAGGGAGCCCAAUACAGAAAAAGAGAAUCGGCCAACAAUAAGUGCAUCCCUUAAAAAUUUAUUUAUUAGCAUGCAUUUUUAAAUGGAUGCAUUGUAUCUAUACACUUCCUAUGCUUCUCAGUUUAUAUGUUUGUGUUCAGUCAAUAACAAUGAGCACUACUACCAUUUCCCUGAAAAUAAGACCUAACCUGAAAAUUAGCCCUAGUAUGAUUUUUCAGAAUGAU